GAAAUCUUUGAACAACCUAAAUGCUCGGCAACCAGGGCUUGGUCAGAUAGCCGAUAUAUAUCCGUGUAAUGGGACACGACGACACUGGCACCAAUAGCCGUGACAUUCAGUGUCUUGAAAAAAAUACCCACAGUUUGUGAAGUAAAAAGAACCAAAUCUGUGGCCCCUCCGGUCCCAUCUGUGAAAAGACAAACACCAACACCUCGAUGGGGUGCUCCCCUCGGCCUUCUUCCUCGCCCCGCCCCUUCUCUGUCUCGGUCUUGGCUUCCCCAGCGGCUCCCCGUGACGUGUCUCCGACUCCAGGUGACCUCCUGGGGGCCAGCUUCUCCAUCAUCUGCUCCGUUCUGAGCAGCAAGGCGGUGGUGAGACGAGAGGUCCUGCGGGACGUGGUGGGGCGCUGCCGCUAUAGGGCCAACAACCACUUGGACCACAAGUACAAACCACGGCCUGUGAACGUGAUCAUCUGUUCUGCGAAGAAGAAGAUUGGUGAGGAGAUGGAGUACAGGCUUCUGGGCAAGAACUGUGAGCAUUUUGUCACCGAUCUGAGAUACGGUGUGCCCCACAGCAGGCAGGUCGCUGUCUCUCUGGUCCUCAGUUUCCCCACGUGUAGGAGGGGUUGGAUGGAGGACCUCUGGAGGCCUGCCAGUCUGACCUUCUGGGAUCCUUUGCCUCUAAAGGUAGAUCGUGAUGCCCCCACAGGUCGUCAGGAAGAGUCUGGGCCAACCCAGCACCGUGACUCGUCUCCGAAAAAGAGCACAGAGGCAGGGGGUGUGCUCAAGGUCCACGGGCCUAUGUAAUGGCUCAAGCAUUUGUCUAUGUAAGACCUGGGGCACAGCGUCUACCCCCACCCCUUCAGUCUUCCGCGUCUGUUGUCUCAAAACACACAGCAGCUGAUAAGUGGCAGAGGUGGGAUUCGAACCCCAGCAGUCCUUCUCUGGAGUCUCUGCUCCCUUCCAUCGUACAGCGGCACCUCCGGGGCUCCAGGCCCAGUUGAUUGGGUGGACGGGGGCCCCUGGAUGAGACGAGGAUAAGGACGGGAGGAGCAGGUUUGAGAAGGGAAAUCCAGAAUUUGGAUGUGGUGGUGGGUGGCCAGUUAGACCUCCAGGUGGAGAUGUUGAGUCAUAGGUGGACCUAGGAGCGUGGCGUUCAGGGCCGAGGUGGGGUUGGGCAUAGAAGUUUCCAGGCUGCACUUGGCAACCAUGCACAGUGAACCCGAAGUACGCUGCCCGUGGCCCUAGUCUCCUGAAGUCUCUCCUCGGCUUUUGGCACAGCCCUGCCUCCGCAGGGGUGUAGCCCCGACUGCAGAGCCGUUCCCAGGCUCAGCCCCAGAGCCCGGGCUCUGGGAAACCAGGCACAAAGCCUCCUCCCUCCCCACUCAGAGUUAGGAACAAAUGUCCUCACCCAGCGCGCUCACACGAAAGGAUCCCAUCCGCCCAUCCUGCCAGGUGUCGGGACAAACCCUGACAAGCUCACCAAUAAGAAGGGUUCAUAACCCCAUCUCCCGGGGCCCCUCUGACUCAUCCAGCAUCUUCCUGGGCUGGCCAGCUCAGAGGGCAGGAGGAUGAGGAGACUCCAGGCCCUUGGAAGGGAGGGAGAACUGGCCUGCAUUUGCGAUGGAUGUUGAACAUGGGCUACUCACUUUCAGGCGGAACAUACCCUGAUGGGAGGAGGCGUGUCCCUGGGACUCGGCAUUCUAGGCAUGGUUGGCUACUCGCUUGUGAAGACAUGAUCCCAAAAGCAAUGACAGCCCGAAGGAGCCCCAAAUCCUUCAGCUGCAGAGACCAGUGGAGACACCCCAUGGCUCCUCUGUCUACCGGACCCUCAACCUCCAGCAACCUGUCGUUCUGUCUCUCCCUCUCCCUCUCUCACUGGCUGAAGACCAAUGAAUUGUGCCAAGACCAAUGAAUCAAGCAAAUGUAUCUUCAAGAAGGACUUCCACUAUAUUUUUGCAGACUUCUGAACCAGGAAGGAAGGAAGGAACAUUACUUCGACACCUGUUGGGUUCUCCCCGCAAUUUCUAGCUGAGUGACCUUGAGGAAAUCUCUGGACUCCCAGAGCUUCAGUCCCCCUUCUCUGGGACGGGGAUAAGGAUUACAUAAGGCAAGGUGAUGUGGAGAAGACUCCUGAUGUCUGGUAACCAGCAGAUAUUCAACGGGUGGUCUACAUCGCUCCAUGUAGACUCACCAUUGUUGUCACAAGACAUCGUUCGUUUUACCGUCGGGGUGCAAAAGUGCCCCAACAACUCAGUUGUGUCCUGGCACAGCCACACCACCUGGUGCGUAAACAUUUCCCAACACCUUUCCGAGUACCUUCUUCAUCCAGCCUUCCUUUCAGUUUUCCUUUUCAACUCCAGGGCCUAGUCUUCACCCACCUGGGACUGCCAGACGGAAGUAUGUUAACUUUCCAUGCCGACGUUGCCAUGGCUCAAGCUGCCCGUGGGUUGAAUGGUGAAAAUUCGCCACCUCAGUCUUUAGGGCAGUGAAACUCUGAAUGAGACCAUAGCGACGGGUACAUAUCAUUACACGUUCGUCCAAACCCACAGAAUGCACAACACCAAGGGUGAACCCAAAGGUAAAGUGUGGAUUUGGAGGGAUUGCGGUGUGUCAAUGCCGUUGGUCCGUUGUAACCCACACAGGUCUUCUGGGGAGGGAUGUUGAUGGUGGGAGAGGCUGUGCCUGGGGGAGAACAAGGGGUGUAUGGGAAAUCUCUACCUUCCUCUCAAUCUUGCCGUGAAUCUAAAAAGUCUCUAAAAAAUAAACUCUCUCUAAAAAAAAAA